UUAUUUGAACCCUGGACGUAUUAUCUCCUUAUUUUAGACAGACAUAGGUUUUUGUUUCUGCCGGAAUCGGUCCGUCUUCGGUCCUUCUGUUUCCGCGUCUGAGAGGAGAGCAGUGGUGUGAUUUCAGAGGAGACUUUUAUCGGUCAAAAUGCAGGACCCAAACGAAGACACAGAGUGGAAUGAUAUCCUGAGGAAGAAAGGCAUUCUUCCUCCCAAAGAGGUACCGAAAGAUGAUGAAGAGGAGGAGGAGCUGGCCCGCCAACAACAGUCUGUUGUUAAAAUGUACGAGGACAUGACACUGGAAGAACUGGAGGAGAAUGAAGAUGAGUUCGGUGAAGACGACGAGGCUGCCAUUGAGAUGUACAGACAGAAGCGUCUUGCAGAGUGGAAGGCGACUCAGAUGAAGAAUGUGUUCGGGGAGCUGGGGGAAAUCUCUGGGCAGGACUACAUCAAGGAGGUCAACAAGGCCGGAGAAGGCAUCUGGGUGGUGCUGCACCUCUACAAACAGGGCCUCCCUCUGUGUAGCCUCAUCAACCAGCACCUGAGUAUUUUGGCCAUGAAGUUCCCUCAGACCAAGUUCCUCAAGUCCAUCUCCACCACCUGCAUCCCCAACUACCCCGACCGCAACCUGCCCACCAUCUUCGUCUAUUUUGAGGGAGAGAUGAAGGCCCAGUUCAUCGGGCCACUGGUCUUUGGUGGCAUGAACCUCAAAGUUGAAGAGCUGGAGUGGAGGUUAUCAGAGAGCGGAGCAGUGAAGACAGACCUGGAGGAAAACCCCAAGAAGCAAAUCGAAGACAAGCUAAUGUCAUCGAUCAGAUGUUCGAUUCCUACACGAAAGGACAGUGACUCUGAGGACGAGGACUAUUAGGGAAAAAAUGCCUAUCACUCCAAAUCAUAAAGGCCAUGCGGCCGCUACAUGAGGAGCACUCAUAAGAGGAGCUUAAAGCUCCUGAUGAUUGUUUGAGCAGGGACAGAGAAGGGACGGCAUCCCCUUUCUUUUUACAUUUCAUAUUUUGACCAUGUCGGUGGAGUUCUUAUACAGGGCUCAAUCCUGCUCAAGGCCACUUGGAUAGGACACUUGGCUGGAGAGAAUCUAACCUGUGACCUUGUUGUCUCCUGUACAUCUCUGUGGGGAAAACAGCACAAUAAUCAAUCUUUUGUAAUAUGAAUAAACAUCAACAACACCAUCACCUGGAUAUUUACACAAGCAUCAAAGACAAAACAUUUUUUUAUUACUUGUCAAGUAUGUCACAAAAUGUACAAGUACAUUUAAAUCUGUUAAAUUAAAUGUGAGUUCACCUCUUUGCCACAAUAAUUGGUGCCAGUUUUUGUCCUAGGUUCUCAUUGUUUUCUGUCACUGUUGAUUAUAAAGGAUUUUCUUUAGA